AUGUCACGCAGAAAACAGUCGCCGAUCGACAUUCAGGAUACCGUUGCGCGAACAGUGCAUUUGCCACCGCUCGUCUUUAUCGGCCACUGGAGAAACGAGGGCGAGGCUGUUUUAAUCAACGACGGUGAACACGCGACGAUCAAACUGAGUGGUGACCGAAUCCCGUCGAUUAUCAAGUGCGGCCCCUUGGGCGACGAAGAUUACGAAUUGCACGACGUCCAUUUCCACUGGGGCGAAGAGGAUUGUUGCGGCUCCGAGCACAGCCUCAACAGCACUUGGUUUUCCAUGGAAGCUCACGCGGUUCACUGGAAUCGAAAGUAUCGCGCGUUCGAGGAGUCGCUCAAGUACGAGGAUGGCCUUUGCAUUUUGACGUAUCUCUUUCAGGUGAAAGCGCCUUGCAACGCGGAAAGCUACGCACUGUCGGACGACGUCUACCAGCAACUCGACCAAAUCAUAGAGCCUGGCUCGGCAGCAAAAGUCCCGGCGAACUGCCUCUACUGGAUGCGCUCGGCGCUACAUAGCAAAUACUAUUACGUGUAUCAAGGCUCGUACAACGCAGCGUUCGACAAUCCCGAAUGCGCGACCUGGGUCGUCUUCCCAGGAGUGAUGGUUGUGCGCUCGGAUCAGAACGACGCGGGCAAGCGGAUCGAGGCCAACCGGCGUGCCGUGCAACACCUCUACGAGCGGAAAAUUUACAAAGUCUCAUGCUAG